GCUGGAAGUCGAGUAGUAUGUUUAUGUAAAUCAGCUCGUGUUUAUGGCUUUGAAUGGUUCAGUUUAAGUGAAAUGGGAUAGUUUGCAAAUCAAGUGGCGGGACCUGACUCUCCAAAUGUGUUUUUUAUCCAGUCACAACCAUCUUCAGUCAUUCUUGAUUGUUGACACAUAAGACGCUGGAGGGAUAGUACCGAAGUGACUGAACGCGUACUGACACAACACCGAGGCAGCGGAAAUCCUUCCAUCAAUGCUUACAGGGCGCCUGACAAACAAGGGACAGAACGGGUCUAAUUGGCCCUCAUAACCCUGUAUUACCUCGGUAGUUACGGACGCCUACCCGCAGAACACGGCGCGAGCGCCAUCUGUGCGCUUUAUUUUCUCCUAGUGGCGACGAGGGGGUGAGAGGGAGGGCGACGAGGGGGUGAGAAGGAGGGAGGAGAGGGGAGUUUGAAUCUAUCCGCCCGCACAAUCUAUUCACCACCAAGGCUGGCAGAGAACGUGCGGUGCCUUCGCUGUUCAUGGAUUUUACGGUUUUAAGAGGACGCACCGGACUCCGAUGGCUGUUUGUCUCGCCGUGGGUUCUUAAAAUCACAGGCUCACUCACUCAGAUGGUGAGUUUUUUGGCGUAGCUAACGGCAGAGCGCGCGAUGGCUGAGCCGCAGGCUUCCGAAUCCGUGGCGGGACCCUUAUACGAGCUCGUCUCCGAGGCGACCACCCCGACCCGGGACGCGGCGGCGGCGGCGGCACUGAGCAUCAGCGAUACCUACCAGACAUACCUGGACGUGUCGGCGGCUGCGCACCCAGUGUAUGGGGCCGAAGGGGUAUACUCUAACGGACGGUACAGGGAGCACAGCAGCCCGCGGAUCGGUACCCGGAACCGCGACAGUUCUGCAGAGAGGUGCACCGGUACCGGGAAUCCACCUUGCGGUAUUAUGAAGGAUGGUUCAAAGCAGAGGCAGGCAAGGAAGAAGACUGUCUCAUUCAGCUCCAUGCCAAGUGACCGCAAGAUGAACAGCACGGCUGCCUGCAUGGCCUUCAUGAUGGAAGGCUGUGAGAUGAAAAAAGUUCGCUCCAAUUCUCGCAUGUACAAUCGUUACUUCCUAUUGGACCCUGACAUGCGCUGGCUCCGCUGGGAACCAUCAAAGAAAGACUCCGAGAAAGCCAAGCUUGAGAUCAAGAGCAUCAAAGAAGUUCGGUUGGGAAAGAAAACACCCGUCCUACGCAGCAACGGCCUUUCGGAUCAGUUCCCGGAUGAGUGUGCUUUCUCAAUUAUAUAUGGAGACAACUAUGAGUCUUUGGAUCUGGUCGCAAGCACGGCAGAAGUGGUUAGCACCUGGGUGAUGGGACUGCGGUACCUGGUCUCAUAUGGGCGGCACAUGGUGGGCGUAGUCGAACCCAAUCAACCUAGUGUAAGAACAUCCUGGAUUGGGUCAGUGUUCGAGCUAGCUGAUCCACAAAGGCAAGGACACAUUGACCUAUUCCGGGCCACCCAAAUCAUCAAGGGUCUCAAUCCUGGCAUGAGGGAGUCUCGCAUUGAACUGAAGUUCAAAGAGCUACAAAAGGCCAAGGACUGCUAUGGGGAAGGCAUUGAUUUAGACACUUUUGUAGAAGCCUACUGUGAACUGUGCACACGUCCUGAGAUCUUUUUCUUGCUGGUUCAGUUCUCCAGCAACAAAGAGUACCUGGACUCCAAAGACUUGAUGCUCUUUGUGGAGGUGGAGCAGGGAGUGGAGGGAGUCACAGAGGAAAUGUGUCGAGAGAUUGUGCACAAGUACGAACCCUCUGCUGAAGGACGUAACAAUGGUUACUUGUCCAUAGAUGGCUUCACACACUACCUCCUGUCAUCCGAGUGCCACAUUUUUGACCCGCAGCACAAGCAUGUUUGUCAGGAUAUGACGCAGCCCCUUUCACACUACUACAUCAACUCUUCCCACAACGCCUCACUUUUGGAAGAUCACUAUUGGGGCUCAUCGGACCUCAGCAGCUACAUUAGGGCGCUACGCAUGGGUUGUCGAAGCAUAGAGGUUGUAGUCUGGGAUGGCCCUGACUGUGAGCCCGUAGUCUAUGUUGGUAGCUCUGUUGCAUCCCAGCUGGCCUUCUGUAAAGUUCUAGAUGUCAUUAACCAGUAUGCCUUCGAGGGUUCAGAGUAUCCACUAAUCCUCUGUCUUGUCACACACUGCAGUGUCCCCCAGCAGAGGGUCAUGGCUCAACACCUGAAGAAGAUUCUUGGGGACAAACUGCACAUUGAGCCUCCUAAUAUGGAGGACCAUUACUUGCCCUCCCCUGAGAAACUCAAGGGAAAGAUACUCAUAAAAGGGAAGCGCCUGCCUACAGACUCUCACGAGUCUGAAGGGGAGGUCACGGAUGAAGAAGAAGGCUUUGAGAUGUCCAGGAGAAUGAUGGGUGUAGAUGACAAGGACCAGCUCAACGGGAUUGGCUGCAAACGAUUACGACUCUGCAAAGAACUUUCUGACCUGGUCACCCUCUGCAAGUCUGUGCAGUUUCGUGACUUUGAGACGUCGAAACGGGAACAGAGGUAUUGGGAGAUUUGCUCCUUUAAUGAGGUUGAUGCCAACCACUUUGCCAAUGAGUUUCCUGAGGACUUUGUCUCUUACAAUAAGCGAUUUCUGUCACGGGUAUACCCAACGCCCAUGCGCAUUGAUGCUAGCAACAUGAAUCCACAGGACUUCUGGAAGUGUGGUUGUCAAAUUGUGGCAAUGAAUUACCAGACUCCAGGUUUGAUGAUGGAUUUGAACCUUGGCUGGUUUAGGCAAAACGGCAACUGUGGCUAUGUCCUGCGUCCAGCAAUAAUGCGUGAGGAGGUGUCGUAUUUCAGUGCCAAUGCUCGUGACUCGCUUCCUGGAGUCUCAGCCCAGCUCCUCCACAUCAAGGUGAUCAGUGGUCAAAACCUACCAAAGCCUCGAGGCUCUGCUGCUAAAGGCGACGUGGUAGAGCCAUACAUCUAUGUGGAGAUCCAUGGAAUUCCUGCAGACUGCACAGAACAACGCACAAAAACUGUCUCGCAAAAUGGUGACAAUCCGAUUUUUGACGAAAGCUUUGAGUUCCAGAUCAACCUUCCCGAACUGGCUGCUUUGCGUUUUGUUGUCCUUGAUGAUGACUACAUUGGCGAUGAAUUUAUUGGCCAGUACACCAUUCCUUUUGAGUGCCUGCUUCCUGGCUACCGGCACGUACCAUUGCAGUCGCUUACAGGGGAGUUUUUGCCUAACACCACAUUGUUUGUUCAUGUUGCCAUUACAAACCGGCGAGGUGGGGGUAAGGCCCAUAAGCGGGGUCUCUCUGUGAGAAAGGGCCGCAAAACAAGGGAAUACACCUCUACUAAGACCACAGGGAUCAAAGUAGUAGAUGAGCUCUUCAGGGCAUCGACCCAGCCACUACGGGAAGCAACAGACCUACGGGAAAACGUACAGAAUGCCAUGGUGUCGUUCAAGGAGCUCUGCGGUCUGACUCCGGCAGCUAACAUGAAACAGUGUAUCCUGACUGUGUCCUCCUGGCUGAUGAACAGCGAGCGAGCGCUACGGGUAAUGGUAAAUCUCAGCGAGGCCUACCCCACCAUGGAAGCCCAUGGCCCCAUUCCAGAGCUACUGCGUAAAGUGCUCACCGCUUAUGACACGAUGAUCCAGACAAGUCGUACACUGAUCGAAUCAGCCGAUGGUGUGUACUCUAAACUUACACAAGCACAGCGAGCAGGAUUGGAUUUUCAUGAGGAUCUGCAUCGAAUCGGGGCAAGAGAAGGAUUGAAAGGGAGGAAGUUACAGAAGGCCAUGGAGAGUUACGCUUGGAACAUCACUGUGCUAAAGGGCCAGGCAGACCUGUUGAAGCACGCGAAAGGAGAAGCGGUAGACACUUUGCGACAGAUUCAAUGUGCUGCUCACUCGUGUGGCUUAGCCAAGAAUGGAGCCUCCACAUCCCCUGCCUCUCCUCUACUGCCGCCUCAUGCGCGGCCCCUCCACACCAUCCACGAGACUGAGACGGACGGCACCACCCUGCACUGAGAGAGAGAAAGAAAAAAGUUUUUUUUUCUUCACAUUGUGAAGAAAGGUGGUAUUAUCUCUUUAGUCCAGAGAAAGGGAGCAGUAAAGGAAAUAGUCAGGUGUGUUGAGCCAGUGAAGGACACACUGGAGACAGUUUAACUUUGAUCAGUGCGCUUUACUCUCUUCCCAGCUCCACAUUGCCUGCCGGGCUCGGGUCUUAAAUUGGUAUCCCCACCAUGGAGUCAUGUUUUAAAGGAUUCUGUGACACAACUGCUGUUGAAAAUUAGCUGUGAUCACCUUCUCUAGCCAUGACUCCCACAAGCCUCAAAUCUCAAUUAAAUGCACUCAUUUAAAGGGAUAAUUCACCCAAAAAUGAAAAUUCUGCCAUUAUUUACUCUCCCUCAUGUUGUUCUAAACCUUUAUGUCUUUUAUGGAAGAAGAUAUGUUGAAAAAUAAUUGUUUUUGUGGUUUUUGUCCAUACAAUGAAAGUCAGUGGGGUCCAAAGCUGUUUUGGAGACCACUGACUUUCAUUACAUGGAUAAACAGUUGAAACAUUCUUCAGAAUAUCUUCUUUUGUGAAAUCUGGUGUUAGCUUGCAGUAAAUCUGCAAUAAAAUGGGUUGAAACCACAUGGGGGGUAUUGAUCUUAAACCUCCAAAGUGAGCAAGAUUUUUUAAAAAGUGCAAAACUACUCAGCUGAAAGAGCAGUACAGCAUUUUGAGCUAACAAAGAGAGCUUCAGGAAACGGAACAAAACAGAAAAGAGAAUGUAAAUGGGAACUCACUUAUAAAAGCGAAGGCCUCCUCAGUUUACACCAACAUAGAACUGAAGACUCUCUCACUCCCCUUGCUGGCUUCUCCACGCAUUUUUAUUCAUUUAAAAACUGUCAGCUCAGUACAUCUUGGUCCUAAAAGGGCCUUUCUCCAGGGUCGUGCGUGUGUGUGUGUGUGUGUGUGUGUGUGUGUGUGUGUAUAUAUAUAUAUAUAUAUAUAUAUAUAUAUGUAUAUAUAUGUAUGUGUGUAUAUAUAUAUAUAUAUAUAUAUAUGUAUGUAUGUGUGUGUGUGUUUGAUGCAUAUGUUGUGUAUUUUGAGAAAAGUAUGUAUAUCGUUUCUAAACUGGAAACUGGACACGUCCCAUUGAGAUAGGCUCUACUGGUAGAAACUCUGGGAAAAUACAGAUCUCAGUCGCUGAGAAAAGCACCACUGAUGAUCAGAAAAGCAAAUAAAUAUUUCAAUAAAUGAAGAAUUAAUCAUUUUAAGUCAAAGUAAAGACACUUGACCAUCUCAUUAAGAACACAUCACACCCAAUAAUACACCCUGUUCAUGAAUAUUGUUAUUACUGCUGUUAAUAUUGUGGGUAGGUGUUAAUUAAAAUGGAGGUUAUUUUAUAUUUGUGUAAACAGGUGUCAUUCUGUACAAUUUUUCUUUGGUGGAAACCUCACAGGAACAGGUAAUGUGAAUGUCGGGGAGACAAGGGGGUGGGAAAUAUAGUUUGGGUCAAAGAAUUUGGGUGUUUACUGUCACAUUAAUGUCAAAUAACAUCUGACUGAGAUGAUGUCUGUCAUUUAUAAAGCCCACAUGAUAUCAAAAA